AUGGUUACGCUAUUGGGCAUCGUGGCGGUCAUCGUCGCCUUCUAUGUGCUUGUGUAUUAUGGUAUAUUCCGUGGGACUAGGUGCUCCAGUCCAGUGAAGCUGAUGGGGAAGACGGCCAUCGUGACAGGAAGCAACACCGGUAUUGGUAAGGCCACGGCUCUGGAAUUGGCCAAAAGAGGAGCCAGGGUCAUUCUCGCAUGCCGCAACAAGACGAAAGCUGAAGCUGCUGUCUUUGAAAUACGCAGAGAGAGUGGCAACAAUCAGGUUCUGUUCAUGCAGUUGGAUCUGGCAAGUUUUAAGUCUGUACGCAGUUUUGCUGGAACCAUCUUAAAAACCGAGCCCAGACUGGACAUUCUCAUCAACAAUGCAGGUAUGGGUGGCCCUGGAUACACGGAAGAUGGUUUUGGAAUGGCGUUUGGCGUCAAUCACUUGGGUCCCUUCUUGCUUACCAAUCUUCUCCUCAAGAAAAUGCAACAGUGUGGGCCGAGUCGCAUCGUAAAUGUGUCAGCUCUUCUCCACCGUCUUGGCGACAUUGAUUUUGCUGUCCUGGCCUCCAACAAAGAUUUGGUGACAGGCCAGGGGUUGUGGCACAACUUUAAGGCCUACUGCAACAGCAAGCUGUGUAAUGUGCUUUUUACCAGAGAACUUGCUAACAAGUUGGAGUGCUCAAGAGUGACCUGUUACAGCCUUCACCCAGGGAUUAUCUACACUGAAUUAUGCCGCAAUUUGAGCCCGUGGCAGCAAUUUCUGAUGAUGCCCUUUGCCAAGCUUUUCUUCCUCGACACUGAAGGAGGCUCUCAGACCACCCUUUACUGUGCCUUGCAAGAGGGCAUUGAGACUCUCAGUGGGCGCUUUUUUUCCAACUGUGCCCUGCAACAGAUGGGUUAUAAAGGGCAAGAUGAUGCCCUAGCAAAAAAAUUGUGGGAGGUGAGUGAGAGAUUGACCGGUUUAUCAUGA